AGGAUGGCGCGAUGGCGACUGAUGGCGGGCGUUGGAGGGGCGAUGGCGCUCCUCCUCGUGGCCGUUGUGACCCUCCAAGUAAGAGAAGAUGAGCAUGCAGCACUCCUUCAAGAGUACGUGCAGCCUGCACGCAUGCAGCAGCUCCCAGAGUUCUCGGUAGCAGGGACCAUGCAAACCGGUGCCCCAGCACCCCAAGGCAUUCCCCUGUCUUUCCAGCUUCCCGUGCCUCUUCCAGCCCCAUCCCCUCCUGCACCAACUGUGAUCACUGUGGGACCAAGGCCAAAGAAGGCUCCAGUCUGCAAGCGCUGUGAGAGGCAGAUGCGCGAGAUCAAGCGCAUGAUCAAGCGCAUUAAGAGACAGAAUGAGAAGGCUGACGACCUCAUGGAGAAGCAAGAUGACAUGAUUGCCAGCUACAAGGAACGCAUGGAAGAGGCUGUUGAGAAGGUCAAGGACAAGCUCUACGAGAAGGCCAAGCAGUACAAGAGAGUUAUCUCUGAUCUCAAGACCCAGCCUGGCCCCCCCGGUCCUCCGGGUGUUCCAGGAAAGCCAGGAAGCAAUGGUCUCCCAGGCAAGCCUGGAGCUCCAGGAGACACUGGACCUCCUGGACCUCAAGGAGCCACGGGACCUCCUGGAGAGCAGGGACCUCAGGGAAUCACUGGUGCUAUUGGACCUCCGGGCCCUCGUGGUCCCGUAGGACCUGAAGGACGUGUUGGACCUCGUGGUCCUCAGGGACCUAACGGACCUCUCGGACCUUCUCUCAACCAGCUCUGUGAAAAGAUUGGCGGAAUGACUUACAAGGGUGUUUGCUUCAAACGUUCCAAGCUUAUUGGGAACUCCGACAACUUCCCCCCAGAUUGCAACGUGUACAAUCCUCGUGCAAGCUGGCAGGAGAGCGACUACGUUGCCCUUCAGAGAAUGUUCAAGGAUAGACCUACUUGGGAGGAGAUCAACCGCAAUGCCAAGGGAGGUCUUUGCACUAACUUCAGGGCCACUCUUGCCUUCGAGCAGCACGAGAGCCCUGUCGGAGUUUGGGCCAACCAGAACAGUUUUGUCUUCUCACCUGUGAACGGGCGACCCCAGUGCCAGAUGUACGGAGAUAACACGGUCAUGGCCGUUUAUGCUUGCCAAGUUUAAGGAUAGGAUCUCUCUGAAAUUUUUAUUGAACGCACCAGUACAUUCCAACUUUUGG